UCCACCUACUUUGCCCUCCCAAACGGCCGACCUAAAGAGGAAAAGAGAGCAAAAAGGGAAGGAAGUGAUGGGAGCUGGACAAACCCUUCCCCCCCGCGAGGAUGAGGUUCAAAGGGCAUCCAAACAAGCCAAAACGGGGCAGAGGGGCGCUGAGAAGAGAAACGACCCCCAUAUAGGGCCUCCGACUCGGCUCCCUGCCCCAAUGCUGAACAGGGAACCUCUCCUUGCCAAUGCCUCCAUCCACGAUUUCCAAGGAGGAACAGCCGACUACGUUGCAGAUGCGGUGGAGCAGGCGUUGCUACUCCCCGAGGAUAUGGCCGAGCUGCGAGGCAUGAAGAGACAUAAGGUCUUCCUCAGUCUUAAAAGAUACCUCACCAUGCUAUUCAGGCCUCCUUCCGGGUAGAGGAGAUGACCAAUUACUGCCAUAGGCAAAUGAAGGAAGAG